AACCAUCGAGUAGGUGAUAUCCCCAGCGCCUGUAUUUAGUGGUUGAAUGGUCACUCACGAGUACAUCGUAAGAAGAUUUUCAUGAGAUGGAAGGUGGAAUGUUUGAAUAAAUGAAGUGAAACAUUCAAUCUUCCACCGAAUAAAAAUAUUCUUGUUAUUGUACGAAUGAAAAUAUUCAUGACUAUGUUUGUUUUUUAUCACACAAAAAGAGAUCAAUGUUUAAUUCUUCUGAUUAAUCCAAAAGACGUCUUUCGCAGAAUCGCCGGUACCAGUACGGCAGUACCACGGUACCACUGUACCAGUGAGCAUCGCCUGGUCCGCCUCCGUCCCUCCGAUCAGGUACCGAGUAUUCACGAUACUGCGAGGCCAGAUUAUAUUCCACUGCAGUAAGGUCGAACUCCAUGUUAUGGCCGCCAAGUUAGGUAGACUGAGCUGGUCGACUGAGCUGUUGUUUGUCUAAAUGAUCUGAAAAAAGACUGAGAGGGCAAGUAAACGUGCCCACGUCACGAUGAGUAUCUACACCAAGCUUAUACGUGGUUUUCCACGGUUCUGUUGGCCCACAAAACAUUCUUUUGGAAAGUUCUUAAAUGGGAAUUUAUAUGUACAAGAAGUGCAACUACAAUUGUCCCGAAAAUUUCAUUUUAGCCCCUUAUCGCCCGUAUUUGCUAAGGAAAUUUUCGUGGGCAAUUUUGUGAAGGAUAAGGUUUUCCCCUAUCCAGAACCAACAGAUGACCAACAGGAAACAUUACAAAUGAUGAUUGAUCCUGUGGAAAAAUUUUUUGCAGAUAAAGUGGAUUCAGCCCAAAUUGAUAAUGAAGCAACAAUUCCAAAGGAUGUACUGGAUGGACUUAAGGAGCUAGGCUUGUUUGGGUUGCAAAUUCCUGAGGAAUAUUCUGGACUUGGUUUAUCAAAUACAAAUUAUGCUCGUGUUUUGGAAACACUUUGUACAGACCCAGCAAUUGCUGUAACUCUGAUGGCCCAUCAGUCCAUUGGUCUUAAGGGUAUUCUAAUUUUUGGUACAGAGAAGCAAAAAGAAAAAUAUCUACCAAAACUAGCUGUGGGUGAAAACAUGGCGGCUUUCUGCCUAACUGAGCCAUCCAGUGGAAGUGAUGCUGCCUCUAUACAAUGUAGAGCAACCUUAAGUCCAGAUGGAAAGCACUAUAUAUUAAAUGGAAAUAAGAUAUGGAUAUCAAAUGGAGGCUGGGCAAACAUAUUUACAGUAUUUGCUAGAACAAAUGUGACAAAUGAAAAGGGUGAAGUUGAAGACAAGAUAACAGCAUUUGUGGUGGAGAGGGAUUUUGGUGGAAUAAGUAAUGGAAAACCUGAGGACAAAAUGGGCAUCAGAGGAUCAAACACAUGUGAAGUGAUAUUUGAAAACACUCCAAUUCCUGUUGAAAAUGUUCUUGGUGAAGUUGGAGAAGGUUUCAAGGUUGCAAUGACCAUCUUAAACAGUGGUCGUUUUGGCAUGGCAGCUGUUGCCUCAGGUGGAAUAAGAAAGAUUAUCGAAUAUGCCUCAGAGUACGCCACUCAGCGAGAACAAUUUCAGCAAAAACUAUCAUCAUUUGGACAGAUACAGGAAAAAUUUGCUCGCAUGGCCAUUACAGGGUAUACUGUAGAAUCAAUGGCCUAUCUUACAUCUGGAAUGGUUGACAAGGGAGAAGAUUGUUCACUGGAGGCUGCAAUGUGCAAGAUUUAUAGCUCGGAAGGUGUUUGGGAUACUGUUAAUGAUGCUCUGCAAACGUUGGGAGGGCUUGGUUACAUGAGAGCUUUUCCAUACGAAAGAAUAAUGCGGGACACUAGAAUAAUGAUGAUUUUCGAGGGUACAAAUGAGAUUCUUCGUAUGUACGUUGCUUUAACGGGAAUGCAGUACGCUGGAAAAAAGCUCUCGAAUCUCGUAAAAGCUCUGAAAAGCCCUGUUGCAAAUCGUGGUGUGCUGGUAGAGACGAUAUUUAGGCGGCUCAAAUAUUCAAUUGGAAUGAAAGGAAAUAUAAACGUGUCUGAUUCCGUACAUUCAACAUUGAAGAAAAGUGCGACGAAACUGGAAGAAAAUGUUGUCGACUUUGGUAUGGUCUCGGAAAAGCUACUUAGAAAAUAUAAGAAGGAUAUCGUUGACCAACAGUUAUUGUUAAAACGAUUGUCUAAUGUCAUUAUCAAUAUAUUCGGAAUGACAGCCGUGUUGUCAAGGGCAACUAGAACAAUGAUGAAAGAAGAUUUAAAUGCUGAAUAUGAAGUUUUACUUGCUAAUACAUUCUGUCAAGAAGCAUAUCAUUACAAUAGAGCAGCCCUUGGUGAAAUUAAGAAAGGUACGCUACGAAAUGGUGAUUCAAAUCUCGAAAAAAUCGCUGCUGGUGUUUUUGAACACAAUUCACAAGUGCCGCGUCAUCCUCUUAGCUUCUGAAACCACCGUGCUGAAACCGCGUGAAUGAUUUUACACUACGUAUUUCUACCAACGAACUCUACAGUGAAAUGUUUUCCUAGUUUCAGUGACGUGCACAACAAGAAUCACUUUACUCCCACUCUCCGACUUCAGGAAUUCUUAUCGCACGUGAACCAUUUAAGGGGCCUUAUUUAUAUCGUUGUAUCAGCCAAAACGUACAAAGAUUAACCGAUAACUUUUACUAUAAACUACUGUAAUAAAAUAUGCGGUUGUAUUCCAUUUUUUGAGCGCUUUUUUGC